AUGAAAGUAGCAGGACAAAUAGAUAAUUUGAAUUGCUUGGGAUUACUAAUUGCAUUGAGAUUCAUUGUCGUCAUUGAUAUGGCACCUCCUGUUCCACUGGUCCCUAAAAAACCUAUCGGAAGGUAUCGGCCUAGACAAGAUUAUCUAGAAAAAAGUGAAAGUGAAUCCUCUUCCAGUGAAUAUGAAGAAGAACCUCUUUCCUCUUCUGCACCUUCGGUCCCUCCUGCUGAAUCUGUUGCAUCCAACAAGUCUGAGGAUAUCGAAACGUCGUUUGCAAAACCUGUGAGCUUAUCCCAGAAUCCACCAUAUUUUUCUAGUCGUGAAAAGCUUAAUAAUGAUAACGAGUCAGCAUCUGAAUACGAAACGGAUGAAGAGCAAUUAGUAACAAAGCCUAACGGUAGUGACGAAGAAGAAGAAAGCGAAUCGGAAUCAACCUCUGGCUCUGAUGAAUCUGAAGAAGAUGAAUCGGAUCGUAGAAGGCAGCUUUUGCUUACUGCACCAAAGUUUGUCGGAAAAGGCGCGAAAAGCCAAACGACCACCGGCGAUUCCUCAGAGGCUGCUGAAAUAGAUCGCAAGCAAUUAUCCCAAAAAAUAUUAGAAGAAACUAUACAGAGAGAAAUGAAACAGAGAGAAAUGGAAAACACGAACGAGUUAUUAAAAGACGUGGAUGAUACAGAUGGACUAAAUCCACAGGGUGAAUACGAAGCUUGGCAAGUAAGAAGUUUACGAAGGAAGAAACGUGAUAAGGAAAAACUUUUGUCUCUUGAAAAAGAAAGAAUGUCGGUGGAGGAAAGACGCUUAAUGGACCCUGAAGAAAGAGAAAAAUUGGAUAGACGAGAAGCUGAAGAAAGCCGCCAAGAAAAGAAAAAGAAACCUGUACAAUUCCUACAAAAAUUCUACCACAAAGGUGCCUUUUAUCAGGACCAAGAUAUUGUUCGGAAUCGAGAUUACUCUGAGGCUGCCGAAGGUGAAAUCCAGCAUAAGGAACUUUUACCAAAAGCCAUGCAAGUUCGUGGUAAUACUUUUGGAUUGGCUGGACAAACAAGAUGGACUCACUUGGCCAACGAAGAUACUAGUAAAACCGGAUCUGCUUGGAGUAACCCAAAGAAUCCUUUGGUUCGACAAAACUUACAACGCUUAGGUGGACUACAUCCUGAUGAAUUACCGAAAAAGAGGAAAAAAAUUUAG